AUGGGAUGGUUCUGGGCUGAUCAGUCGCCCGCCAUCGGGCAGAUGCCCAGAGACCACCUCGCUGGCUUUGCUGGCAAGGAGCCACCUGCCAGCUGCCCGAUGCACAAGAAGUCACUCGGUAAACUUAAUCCUCAGGCCCAGGCGACGAAACCCGCGUCUCCUAUCCCUUCUACUACCGGCUGCCCUGUCCCGCACGACCAGAGGGCCGCUGCCGUCGCCGCUGCCACCUCGAAGCCGGCCUCUGCUACCUCCGAGCCCAAGUCGAUCAUAUCGCAGCUGAACCCCCUCAACUACAUGUUCCCUGACCUGUCUCAGAAGCGCGCGCCAAACCAAAAGAUCGCGCUGCCCACGUCGCGAGAAGAGUCAACGAUCCCCAAGGGCGACGGCGCUGGCACGUGGGAGUACCCGUCACCGCAGCAAAUGUACAAUGCGCUGCUGCGCAAGGGCUAUACGGAUACGGACAUUACGGCUGUUGAGUCCAUGGUCUCAGUCCACAACUUCCUCAACGAGGGCGCCUGGGCGGAGAUUAUGGGCUGGGAGCAGCGCUUCCACCGCGGCCUCUACCACGGCUGGCAGCUGUGCAAACGGGGCGAGGAUCACUUCGAGGAGGAGCUGGAUCGCAACUGGGACGGCAAGGAGCCUGAACCCAGCCUCAUUCGGUUUCAAGGCAGACCAAAGGAUAUGACGCCCAAGGCAGCCAUGCUCCAGGUGCUGGGCUGGAUUUAUCCAUCCAAGUUUGGAACUGAGCCCCCUUUUGACCGACACGACUGGUAUGUCUCCCGCGAGGUCAACGGCGAGCAGAAGGAGAUUCGAUACAUCAUCGACUACUACUCUGACGAAGCUGCUGACGCUGAUGAGAGCGACGAGCCUGUCUUCUACCUCGAUGUUCGCCCCGCGGCCACGCCUCAGGGCGCCGCUGAGAGAAUUAUCCGAUGGAGCAGCGACGUGUGGUGGAAGGCCAUCGGUGGCGACGUGCGAGAGCAGAACCCGCAACCAUUCUUCCGCCACAAUUCACCCAAGCCUUUCGGCUAA